UGGAGAUCCGUCAUGCAAGAUCCGCUCGCCAUAGUUCCCCGUGGUCCGCGUAACACGUAUAAAUAUACCAGUGAAGCAGAUAAUUAUGAGAAGUGGUUAUCUCUGCCACGUUCGUUAAUGUUCGGAAACGUUAAUGGAUUUCUUUUGGCGGCAUUACAGUACCGGAAGUACAAAGUUAUCGAGUCUAAUUAUGCACGAGAGGUCGACGCUUUCGUAAGCGCCAUGGUCGGCCGGCCAGUGAGCAUUGCACAGGAGAAGACGGCAAAAAUACGAAGAGCCAGAAAAAAAGGUGUCGUGAAUCAAAGAAAAAGCCUUUAACGUCACAUAGCAGCCAGGCGCAUGGGUGCACAUAUGAAUUCUAUCAAAAGGAGCAGGCGUGGACUCUACAAUAAAUAAUUCCGAUUAUCAAGCAAGACUCUAAUAAUUAUAUUAAGUGAAUCGUGAACCACGAAGAAUACAUACGUAUAUAUGUAUACAAGUACACAAAUACAUUACCAACCAAAGUCCCCAACACAUUCGCCCAACCUAAAAAAGAGGAAAACGUAUCGAAUACAGGUAUACGUGCACUAGGGACACUUGAGCAUAGAUAGCCAACAUAAAGUAAAGAGACGCAAUCAGGCAGUUACGGCUACAACUCGUAAUUAAACGGCAUUCAUCGUUCUUAUCGUAGUGCAUGUAUACGUACAUACACUACGUACCUACCAACACGUAAAAUUCCCUAGAAUAAAAUAUAAGCAUAUACUAUACACAUAUCUAAAAUACUACUAGGUAUUUAUGCAUGCACGCUCUAUUGAAAGAGCGAAAGAACAAACGGGAAUUCCAAAUGUCCGUUCGUUCAAUCGUACCUGAUCCGUUGAGCGUUAUCCGCUCUGAAUUCGACUCGGUUCGUUCCUGGUACGUCUAAUAGGUUACCGAGUGCAUUCAUUACAGAGCAUUGGAAAUUUACCACAUAGUAAGGAGACAGACUGGAUAAAUUCGUAGUCGUAUAAAACAGUGUGGUACACGUAUGUAUAUUUUAUAUGUGGUAUACGUACGUAUCAUCAUCAUCGGACUGUAGUUUACUCGAGUUAUUCAAUCGCAAAUGACUAAACUGGUUAACGUCACGGAGUAAUUCGACGAUAGGAAGAAGCGCGGUAAUAAACCUGUUACGAAAAUGGUGAUAGGAAUGCACCGGUUUGAUUACGUUGUACCGGCAUAUGUACUGUGUACAUGUAAUUGGCAUCGUUCAGAGCUGUAACUUAUUUUUAAAGGAGACAGCAGACCAAUCGCUACCACCCUGUAGAUACUGCGAAAGGAGAUUAAUAGCUUAUCACGCGAAUACGUGAGAGGUUAUGUGUCGGCCAGAGGAUUUGGAGAGUUUACAAAGUGAAAGAUGCUUUCGCAAUGACGUCGGUUUGUCACGGUCUGAUGAACUGUAGUUGAAUGACGUCGUUGUAAUGAGUCACCGUGUAUAAUAGUUUUCUGUUACUCUUUUAUCCUCGUCUACGAGUCUGACACUCUUUACCUUUUUCCCAGGCUAUAACGUGGACUACUGGUUUAUUUAAAACUAUAUAUAUAAAAGUAAAGCUUACCUUUUUAAAACGGGAUAGUAGCAAAUCGCCUUUCGGUUUAUUUAUGCGAUCCUUCCUGUAUUCACAGCAGAUGGAAAUUCUUUCUCGGUAGCGAAACCUGACAGCGUAUAAUUAGACGACUCGAUGCCAUCGUGUAAAACAUUGUAAAAAAAUGAUUAAAUAAUAUUUGCCACAAGCUUGCAAACGGCUGAUCGGCUGA